CGAGAUAUGAUUGACUGUGACCGCUUCUAACCUGCAGUCCCGGAAAUAGGAAGUGUGGUGGAAACUAGGACUCUUUGACAUAUGUGGGAGCGACGACAUCAUAUUUAAAUAUUUUCUUUUACAAUAAACCUGCACGGGAUUCUAUUUUAGCGUUUGGACGCAGAAGGUAUGGAACAUGGCAACAAUUGAAACGCAGCUUAUGCUAAGCGUUGGAUUAAUAGAGAAAGAUGCAAACGGAGACACGCUGUGGGUGUGGUGUUAUCCCUCCGUGGACUCAAACCUGAGACAAGUGCUGCUCAGCAAGUGUUGCCUCACACAGCAGGGCCGGGAUUUUCACACUUUUGUGUUUGGUCAGUUCUGUGGUACUUGGUACUACAUCACCACAGUGGAGGUACAGGAAUCAACCCCACUAAAAAAGGUCACUCAUUUUUCAAUAGCACUAACAGCAAAAGACUUUAAUCCAGAAAAGUAUGCAGCACUCAGUCGAAUACUCUGCAGGAUGUACAUCAAACAUGGCAGCCCAGUGAAGAUGAUGGAGGCUUACCUGACUGUUCUUAUUAAAGGAAUUUGCCAAAGUGAUGAAAAUGGCUCGUUCCUCAUUAAGGACUAUGAUGUACGGAAGGCGUACCUGGCCGGUUCAAUCAAAGAUGUGGUGUCUCAGUUCGGCAUGGAGACCAUCAUCCUCUACACUGCCGUCAUGCUGAAGAAGAGGAUCGUCGUCCAUCAUCCUCGUAUUGAAGCCUUGUUGGAGUUUACAAGAGUUCUGCCAGCCCUUUCGUGGCACAGGAAGGAUUGGUCCAUCCUGCACCCAUACGUGGACCUGAAUGACACUGAAGUGGAGGAUUUACAGAAAUGUCCUGGUUACAUAGCAGGAUUUGUUGAGCCGGAAGUCGUUAACAGGCCAGAAUUGUUUGAUGUGUAUGUGAACCUCCCUGACAGUGUCAUCAAAGUUUCCCAGAAUGCUAAAGAGGCCAUGUCCAUGGGGAAGCUACACAAAGAGGUUGGUCACCUUAUUGUCCAGUCAUCUGAAGACCCCGAGAAGUCAGACAGUCAGGUGAUUAAGGAUCUGUCUCUGAAGACCAAGGACAUUCUGGCCAACUUGGUUGCCCUGGCAGAAACCUGUGAAGACUCUAAAAUAACACUGGAAGGUUUAAAGAAACAUCAUUUCCCUGCGGCCACCGAGAACUUCCUGUUUCAUCUGGCAGCUGCUGAGCAGCUUCUAAGGAUAUAAAUCUGUUUCUAUCAAUAGAAACCAGAUGCUGACUCUGCCUUUUUGUAAAUGUUGGGAUUAUUGAUAUUUUUAUAAAAUGUUUGUUCACUUUCUCAGAGUAACAUUUUUAACAGUGUUAACUUUUUUUGCGCUGACUCACCACAAUAUUAAACAUUGUCAAAACUAAAUAUUUAAUCGUGUUUUUCUAUAUUUCUAUAAGCCUGCCAAAAUUAUUCCACAAAAAGAAGCAGUGGAAGUCGAAUGAGCUCCAAACUUCAGGACUUUCUCUGUCUUUUGUAGUUAUUUCAGCUAUAAUUUAACAGUAAUGAUAUUACAUUAGAAGUACUGGAGUGUUAAUGCAGCUUUAGUAAUACUGUCACAGAUGACAGAAAUACAAAUGUGAACUUCCUUUGACUCUCAGACGCGUCGCUUUAAGGAAUCAGUCGGACAUGAAAAACAUUGAAACGGCAACAGAAAUGUAAGUUAUUUUGUAUUUAAUCCAUGACCUUAAUCUCAGAACUGAAUUAAAAAAACCUCUGCCUUUA